AUGAAUGCCGUCUUUCGGAAGCUCUCCGAUCCUUCCAUUUGCCCGCCCGAGGGCUCAGAUUAUCCUGCGAAAGCCUGCGCUACAGGGCUGUUCGGAAUCUUACACAGCAAGCUCGGUAACUUAAUCCGAUCUGCGGGGUUCUCCUCGGCAUCUCCCCCUCCAUCUCUUUUGAUUAUUCGCACAUCACUCGGCAUUGAUACCGAGACCUAG